AUGGGCGUUCACGGCCUCCAGACCUUCCUCAAGGAGAACCGGCAGAGCCUAUGCCGCUCGAUCGUACUGGACCCAGACGGGGCGAGCACCCGCCCGCCGCUCCCGCUCGUUGUCGAUGCGUGGGGCAUCAUCUACCACCUGUACCUUGACGCGCUGCCGUGUGCGAGCGGCGGUGAGUAUUUCCAGUUCUAUAGGCUAGUCCGGCGCCUCGUACGUGCUUGGCGAACGGUCGGGAUCGAGCCUAUCUUCGUGUUUGAUGGCGCGUCGCCUCCCGAGAAACACAAUACCCUACUGGGGCGGAUGCAGCAGGGCGUCGAAACCGCCAGACUGUUCUACACUACUCGACCGGAGAGCCGUUCUUCACCGGUGGGACAGAAGGGAUAUUCUCUAUUGCCGCCAUUUACCAGCCACACCUUUGCUGCCGCACUUGCCAGCCUCAAGGUCGAGACGCACUUUGUUCCCCGAGGUGAGGCUGAUGGCGAAUGCGUCGUUCUCGCGGCCUCGAUUGGGGGAUACGUCCUGGGAAAGGACACGGACUUUGUUAUCCUCGGAUCGGCGGCCGAGAUGAAGGGAUACAUCCCCCUCGACCUGAUGGAAUGGGUCGAGGCCGCCCCCGACGCCGACGCCGAGAAUAAUGGAGGGGGCUUCACGACUGUUUCUGGACGUAAGAAGGGGCGCGCGCGGUCCGCGUCCCGCCUCCUUCCCCGCACAUCUGGGGCAACGCUAAUCCUUCCCGCCUUCACGAGUGUCGCCUUAGCGCGUCGCCUUCGCCUGCCGACUACCAUGCUUCCUCUGCUGGCGAGUUUGGCGGGGAACGACUACUCGGGCGGCGCGGGCAUGGGUACCGGCAAGUUCAGUGACCGUAUCGACCGCAUCGCGCGUAUUUUGCGCGAAACACAGGCCCGACCAGGCUCCCAUACGGCGGAUACGGCAUAUGAGCUCGUCGCGCGGGUCGUGCGUAAACUCCAUAUCCGGCCUUAUGUCGAUGAGCGCGAGCUCGCCGAGACAGUAGAGGCCGUUGUCAACUCUACGAUUCAGUACGUUCUUCCUACGCCCGUGUGCUGUGAGGUGUAUCCGUUCUGCGGCGAGCUCGAUGGCGGGUGCGCAGCGCGCACGUCGCGCGUCGCUACCCCUGUCGAGGGCGAGUUACCAAAGACCGGAGCGCCGGAGGCGUACGCGGCCGCCCAGAGGAGGGGACACCUCAACCUCGUUACGUCUGCGUGGUUACACCCCGACAGGGUGUAUUUGUGGGGCGUCCUCGAGAAUCCAUCCGGUCCCUCGGCGCGGGCAGGGAGGAUACCGACCGCAGCGCGACGGGUGACAUACGCCAUCGUCGAUGCGGCAUUGGGAUUGCGUUGGUCAGGUCCAAGCGACCAGGAACUCGACGUGGCGAGGCAGGACCCCGAAGCCGCCGAGCUACUUGGUGGACUGUCGAUCCAGUCGUCCGAGGUCCAAGAGGAAGGGGAGGAACAACUGGAAGUCGAGGCCGAGGCGAACCCGGGCCCGAAACCCGCGGCCAAAGUGCCGGAGGAGGAGGUUUCGCCGCGCCGUGUCGUGACCGAGUACCUGCGGCAGGGGAGCAGCACGCGUGUCGGCGGGCGCGAGCUCGAGCUCCCCCCACCCGAAGAUGACAAGGGUCCACUAUGCCUCGAGCCCCUUGAGAAACGACUAGAAGCGUAUCUCGACGCUCUGGGCGCCAAUCCCGCCAUUGCCUCCCUCCCUACAAAAUUACAACCACUAGCUUGCGCGCUGCGGAUAUGUGUCCUCUCCUCGGCUGAGUCGGAUCCAAACGGCCUUGCCGGUCGCCGCUGGCGUCGUGCCGAGCUCGAAUCCGUGGCCCGCGCCGCCAUUGGAUGCAUGCACGGUUGGGACGAGGACGAGGACGAGGAAGACGACGACGCUGUGUCCGUCAAAUCGAGUGUAGGGGACGACAACUAUCCCCUCCUGACGAACCGGAAUGCAGAGCUAGUUUCACAAUUCUCAGCGGCAUUGCUCGACACGCUGGCGUUGGCGCAGGCGCUCCUCCUCACCCCUGAUGAGGGGGAGGACCUGACACACCUCACGCCAUACGUGUUCGUCUCGGGGUCUGCUUUACACUCUUUGCUGGGCGGGGUUGAGCCGGCCCGCGGGAGUGGGUGGCGAUGGAGCCCGACUUGGGAACAUGAGUUGCAUCGUACAAUCGCGGCUGUGCUUGAUGGGACCAAGGACGCGCUGGCCGUCGCUGUGUCCCCGAAGAAGAAGAAGAAGGAGAAGAAGGUGGAGACGAAGGGUACAGGAGGAGGAGGAGGGGGAGGUGGGAGGUUCGAUCUGUUGCUCGGCGAGGCGAUGUAG